GGAAGUUGAAAUUUAGAGGAAAAAAAUCCUCUUACGACUUCCGGCAUAACUUCCUGUUAGGUGUUUGGCGGGAUUCGCGUGUAAUGCAAACUUUUCCAGGCUUGGUUCACCAACAAAAGCUAAUAAUGAACCGAACUAACAUUGACAAGAAACGUCCGUCGCCCGUUAAAGUGCUGUCCGGUCAACUGAGAACGGCGGAGAACCGUGGCGCAGCAGACAGCGGGGAUGGAUGUGUUAUCAAGCUGGGGAAGGGUCGCUCUUUGCCUGUGUCACUGGUGUGGAUGCAGGGGACGGUGCUGGAGGUCCAGCUGGACAGAAACACGGUGCUGCUGAUGGACGAGACGGGAACCUUUGCUGUCCAAGGCGUCAACAACAUCCCCCGGGGGAAACCAUGCUUGUGCCAAGGCAAAUAUGUCAUGGUGAUGGGUGUCAUCCUCGCCGCCUCCCCAGAGCCAGUCAUCCGUGCCGUGAAGAUGGCAGAUCUCUCAGAGCUUGCCGCGCUUCACAGGCGGAUGUGGAAACUGGAGGUGCAAGAGCUGCAACAGCUGAUGGUCUGAAUGCAGGGGGGGGGGGACCUGCUGCUGUCACGUGACAUGUCUGUCUGAAUUUGAGGUAUAAAUGACUUUCUUUGUUCAAGAAAUCCUCACAGGACUGAACAGAUUACCCCUGAUGGAAGGAUCUUAGUGGGAGUAAUAACGUAAAUGUGACAAAGACUGUGUGUUAGAAAUCAGCGUUUAUACUUCCAUGUGUUAUGUUUAAAUGCUAGAUAUUAUUUCCCACUUGGAUCCAACUCUAAAGAGGUCAGAGUCAUUCAGAAAACGAGGGAAGCUGUGGGGUUUUACUCAAAUUGUGAACACAUGGUUCUCCAGGUGGAGGAAUGAUCUCUCUGCUGUAAUCCUCCUUAAAUUACUCUCAGCAUAAUUGAUUUGCUGAUGCUUGGAGAGGAAAUAACUCCAGGGGCAUCUUGUAUCAUUAACUUACCUUUGAAUACGGCUCAUUAGAAUAUCGUUUUAGAGAAGUUUCAUGCCAGAUGGUUCAACACAUUUAAUAAAGGUGACUGAGGUUGUCAUGUAA